CGCCCCAUCCAGCUCGCCUUUGGGGAUGACUUUCGUACCCCACCUCUAGGGAACUCAGGUGCCAGAGCCUCCAGCCCCCGUCCCCCUUGGAGACACAGGUAACUGCUGUGCCCUCCCCGGUUCCCCAGGGCCCGCCCCGAUCCUGGGCCGGACGGAACCGCGCCUCUCCUCGCUGCACACGGCGUCCCGGGCACCCGAGGGACCCAUGGCUGCGGCGGCGGCCCCGCGGGGGCGGCAGUGGGGAGAGCCCCGCGCGCUCGGCCGGGCGGUGAAGCUCCUGCAGCGCCUGGAAGAGCAAUGCGGGGACCCCCGGCUCGCCUCGAGUCCCCCGUCGCUGCGGAACCUACUGCCCCGCACCGCGCUGCUGCUGCGCGAGGUGGCCCACGCCCGGCGGGCGGCCGGAGGAGGCGGCCCCGAAGGUCCCGGCGGGCCGACGGACUUUCUUUCCAUCUACCUGGACAACCUAGAGGCCAAAAGCAAGCAGGUGGCGGCACUGCUGCCACCGCGGGGCCGAAGGUCUGUCAACGACGAGCUCUUCCGGGAGGGCACCACACUCAGGCGACAGCUGGCCAAGCUGGCCCUCAUCUUCAGUCACAUGCAUGCGGAGCUGGGCGCUCUCUUCCCCGAGGGAAGGUACUGCGGACACACCUACCAGCUCACCAAGGCCCCGGCCCAUACCUUCUGGAGGGAGCACUGUGGAGCCAGGUGUGUGCUGCCCUGGGCAGAGUUUGAGUCACUCUUGUGCACCUGCCACCCCGUGGAGACAGGCCUCACAGCCAUGGCCUUGCGCUCCACCAUCAACCUCACCUGCAGUGGCCACGUGUCCAUCUUCGAGUUUGACAUCUUCACCAGGCUCUUCCAGCCAUGGCCAACCCUCCUCAAGAACUGGCAGCUCCUGGCAGUCAACCACCCGGGUUACAUGGCCUUCCUCACAUACGACGAGGUCCAAGUGCGUCUGCAGGCCCUCAGAGACAAGCCAGGCAGCUACAUAUUCCGGCCCAGCUGCACUCGCCUGGGGCAGUGGGCCAUUGGAUACGUGAGCUCAGAUGGCAGCAUCCUACAGACCAUCCCUCUCAACAAACCCCUCUUCAAGGCACUCCUGGAAGGACAGAAGGAUGGCUUGUACCUCUACCCAGAUGGAAAGAAUUACAACCCAGACCUGACUGAACUCUGCCACACGGAACCCUAUCAGCGCAUCCAAGUGUCGGAGGAGCAGCUGCAGCUGUACUGGGCCAUGGACUCCACAUUCGAGCUCUGCAAGAUCUGUGCAGAGAGCAAUAAGGAUGUAAAGAUUGAGCCGUGUGGGCAUCUGCUCUGUAGCCGCUGCCUGGCUGCCUGGCAGCACUCCAACAGCCAGACCUGCCCCUUCUGCCGAUGUGAGAUCAGGGGCCAAGAGACCGUAAGUAUCCAUCAAUUCCAAGAGAGGCCAGCGGAAGGCAGGGCUACUGCCGAGGACCCAGGGGACAGCAGUGACCAGGAAGAUGGGGAGGAGGAGCUGGAGCAGGUGGCGGCCUCAGCUCCCCCACUGCCCUCUCAGCUGGAUCUGUCCCCCAGGAGUCCCAGAAGAGAAGGUCAGAAGGUGAGGAAAAAAUCUCAGAUUGGUGACCAUCAAAACCACACAUCCUGAAAGAAGAGAAACACGGUGCUGGGGAUCUGGGCCAUAGAGACCCCAAAAUCUUCUGCUUACUUUCUAAGCAAGCCCCAGCCUUGCUUUCUUCUCCCUGUGCCCAUCUCCCUCCCACCCCAGGAUUUCCUGAGACCCUGGCCCUCUGGAGAGGGGCGGGUCUCUGUUGGCAUCUCAGGCUGAGUACACACAAGAUUCGAUCAAUACCAGGCCAUCUUCAAACAAACAGGUCAGGAAGUCCGGGAACAUUAUUCGACCACAGCAAACAAGAGAGCCAGCAGGAAAGGGGGGGGUGCAGUGAUACCAGCCAGGGAAGCUAAAAACAGAUCCCGACCUGCAGCCAAAAGCAAAUGGAAACAUUAGGAGG